AUGUUUCCGCCAGGAACUUCUUUCAGUCGUCUCGAGCGGUUACUUAUCACAGGCUGUGAAAGCCUUGAGCGACUUCCUGACGACAUUGGCGAACGACUGCCACGCCUUCGCGAGCUGAGCUUCUGCGAGUGCAAAAAACUCCGGCUGCCCGAACAGUUCACUUCUCUAAGCUGCCUACAGCAGCUGACAAUUUCCUCAUGCGGCUUGGGCAGCCUGCCCGAAAACUUUGGAAAUCUGCCUGCUCUGAAGACGCUGACGCUGAGUCGCCUGCCACUCUCGAGCCUUCCGGAUUCGCUCUACCUGCUGACGUCACUGGUAACCCUCUGCAUCUCUCACUGCAACGGAUUUAACGAGCUUCCUGAAAGGUUUGCUUUCCUCAUCGCGCUCAACCCCGUAAGCAUCCCCAACUCGCUGUACCUGACGCUCCCAGAGGACAUAGGCUCACUCACCAAUCUCCAAACCUUCCGCCUAUCAGAAUACUUCUCCCAGCAGCUGCUUCCAUCCUCCUUCACGCAGCUUUCUUCCCUCACAAGGCUCGAGCUCUCGGAGUGUAUGGUAGCAGAGCUUCCAGGGGAGUUGGGGAAGCUGACUAACCUCCGCGUACUGACCCUCCAGGCCUGUCCUAGUUUACAGGAGCUUCCUCAGUCUCUCACCGACCUCAUCGGCCUAGAAGUUCUGAAAGUUGUAGACUGUGACAUCCUCGCUUCAAUCCCCACCAGCUUUAGCAACUUUACAAGACUGAGAAAUCUAGCACUGAUCAAGCUUCCCCAGCUAGCACAACUGAGAGGAAUGAGCUUAACCAGUGCAGGGCCUAUUGGUGGGCUGGCCGCUGGCUUGACUCUGCCCUCUCUAGUGCACUUGCAGCUGGUGCUGAUUGGAGAGGCAGAGGAGUUCCCCUUUGCCGCUGGAACUCUUUUCUAA